UAUAAACUGCUGCCCAAAAGCAAGCUCCGGAGAACUUCAAUAACCUCCAGGAAAGCUCUGAGGUUAGGGAGAGUAGCGCAGCCAAAGAAGACAUGAGGAGUCUGCUGGCACUGCUGAUCGUGACUCUGGUCCUGGCAGCACUCUGCUGUUGUGAGAAAGAUCCCAAAGAACCCUCCGGAUCUCUCAGCGCUGACAGCAUCAAGAUUAAAAAAGAAGUUGCCAAUGCCUUUGUGAAGAGGAAGAAGAGAUCCAGCCCUUACGAAUGGUACUUUGAGUAUUAUAAAAGUCCAAUGGAGCAGAUGCAUGAGCGCUGUGAAAACUACCCCCCCUGUGACUAUCUCUCUGACCAAGUGGGAUUUGCCUUGGCCUACAACCGCUUCUUCGGGAGAUACUGAGGAUGGGAAGGUCUCUCCAUUCGUUUGGCUUGGAACACUCCGAACCCCACAGGAGAAGGAAGGUUGUGGUUGGGAAGGAAGGAAGGAAAGCACCUGGACCAGCAUCUUCUUCUGUAGUCUCCCUAUCCAGCUGGAACCAAGGCAGGGAUUAUCCCACUUGUUGAGUUUCCAUUAACUUUCUUCCUUUCAUCAAUAAAGUCUCUAUUCAGACAUCUUUUGUGGUAUUUUGAGCUUCACCAAGAGACUCUGUCUUACUUCCUUACACCUGAAUCCCCAGCACACAAUAGGUGAAAAAUGGUGAUUACUUUCAAGAUAACCACUCCAUGCCUUAGAAACAUCUCUAGAUCUCCUACCCUCUUCUGCAAAAUACAGGCAGAUUAUGGAAGAAGAAUGUCACAGUGUGAUGGAUCUGGUCCUGGAAUGCUCACUAUGAAGAAGGAAGAACACCUGUUCCAAUUAGUGGGAAAGUUCAGUAUUUUUAUGUAGUAUAAUCACAUUAAAUAUGCAUUGCAGUAGGAUAAUUUUAUAAAGAUAGAAGUGUGCAAAUACUCUUGCAUAGAUAGCAAUCAGCUUCUGGUACACUCUUCUGAUUACUCUGUCAUAAACUUUGCCUGUAUAGUAAUAAUAAAUAAAUCCCCAAAGGUGUGUUUAAGGAGUCCUUUUA